UACUUGAAGAGGAGAAUCUUGCCAAAGGCUAUUCUCUUUUCCUCCUCUCUUGUUUCUGUCUCAAUCAGUGAACUAUCAGAAAAAUAUCUGCACGCAGAGAAGCUUGAGGUUUCAGACCAAAAAAUAAAGCUUCUACUUAUCCUCUGCACUGACUGCGAAUUUCCCUUCUCUCAAUUAUGAACUGUCUUUGGCAGCUUCCCUUAUCCUCGGUUUUGCCUUUCCAAUGCUUUAGAAGCCACCAGAGGAUGCCUCUUUGCUCUGCCAAAUCCUUGAGAAUGUCCAAUACUUGUGAUCCAAAUCGAAGCAUGGCAGUGAAGUGUGCUUCUGGUUCCAUGUCCAGUGCAGGGACAAAUAGUGCUAAUGUGAAAGAAGAGGAGAAAUCCGAGGCAUAUAGUCAAAAUAUGACUGAAGCUAUGGGUGCUGUUUUAACUUAUAGGCACGAAUUGGGGAUGAACUACAACUUCAUUCGUCCAGACUUAAUAGUGGGAUCAUGCUUGCAGACUCCUGAAGACGUUGACAAACUUCGUGCAAUAGGAGUGAAAACUAUAUUUUGCUUGCAACAAGACCCUGACCUAGAAUACUUUGGAGUUGAUAUCACUGCCAUUCGAGAAUAUGCCAGGUCUUGCAAUGACAUUCAACACUUGCGGGCUGAGAUAAGGGACUUUGAUGCAUUUGACUUGAGGAUGAGGCUUUCAACUGUAGUUAGCAAAUUGUACAAGGCCAUAAAUUGCAAUGGGGGUGUGACAUAUAUACAUUGCACAGCUGGACUUGGGAGAGCUCCAGCUGUUGCGUUGGCUUAUAUGUUUUGGGUUCAGGGAUAUAAACUUGAUGAGGCUUAUAGAUUGCUCCUGAGCAAAAGACCAUGCUUCCCAAAGUUGGAUGCGAUAAAAAGUGCAACAGCUGAUAUUCUUACAGGCUUCAGAAAAAAGUUCGUCACAUUGACGUGGGAAGGCAACAAUUGCUCUUCAGUUGAAAUUUCUGGACUUGAUAUUGGAUGGGGCCAGAGAAUGCCCCUGCAUUAUGAUGACAAACAGGGUUUGUGGGUUCUCAAGAGGGAAUUACCUGUAGGACACUACGAGUACAAGUACGUUGUUGAUGGGGAAUGGACGUGCAAUCAGUAUGAACUAGUGAGCUCUCCCAACAAAGAUGGCCAUGUCAAUAAUUAUCUGCAAGUCAUUGACGAUACAGACAGUGUUGAUGCCUCCCUAAGGAAGAGGUUGAUGGGUGAUGAUCCUGAUCUGACAAAGGAUGAACGGCUGACAAUAAGACAGUUUCUUGAAGCUCUUACUGAUGAAGAGCCAUGAACCAUGACCUCACUUGUGUAUAUGUGAAAUAUAGUGUGUACAUAUAUGUGGUUUCAUUAAGGAUGAAUUUGGACAUUUUAUUUUGUUUUUGGGGAGCGGAAAUGGGAGACAAAAGCUUUACGUUACAAAUAUGUUUAUUGUUUUGCUGCAUCUAUUCAACCUUGAUUACGUCUCAUAAAAGGUCAGAAGUAUGUAAAGUAACACAAGUAUAAUAGUUUUAGCUUGAUCAUUCCUCUUGAAAUUGUAAUGAAUUUUCAGUGAAAUAAGUUUGGAUUCAUGGCUGUCUUGUGAAAUA